AUGAUCUCGAUGUGUCCAGCCGUCGUGAUCAGCCGCAAGCAAGCGCGUCGGUACGUCAGAAAGGCCCUUCCGACUUUGUCCGCGCCUUGCCGACCCAGCCCUACGCGCGCCAAGAGGUCAGCAACUGCAGCUGCUGCCAGCCAGCGAGCCAAGGAUAUCGAUUGGGAAGUCGCAACAGGACAUUUGACUAGACACACCCUCCGGCCAGCCAUCCGGUCCUCCUCACACAAUGGUCAACACACCCGCCAUGUAACCGCCCUCCCGAUCCACCGUCCGUGUCUCUGCGCGCGUGCUGAUUCUCCUCGUCACAGCCGUCUAUACCGCCGGUCACUCAAGCUGGCCCUUGACUGGUCCGUCCACCGCUACCUCUGGCGUGGCCAGGCCAUGUACAUUCGCUCUCUCUUCGAAGCCAACGCCAACGUCCGCGAGCCCAGACAACAGAGAGUGAGCUCCUCCCGUCCCACACCGCGCGCCGGACCACUCCAAUGCUGUCGCUAUCAUACACUAGACACCCAUUGGCUGACUGUUCUUCUUUCCUCCUCCCACCAGAUCCUGUUCGACCAGACCGAAGAACUCCUCAAGCAGUGGAAGCACCCCGAUCCAUACCGUCCUCCCACCGCUCCCGGCGGCAGCAAGUACGAGCGUAACUUGCCCUGCCCAAUCCUUGAGCGUACGUCUCUCCUCUCCCACCACCUUCGCCCUUUUCAACCACUGACAAACAUCUCUGCACAGCCCCUCCGCCAGGCUGCUAAAUCUAGAUACCACAACCAACAAUUCGAUACCAAUUCUUUGCUUCUGUUCAACAAUUGCUUUUCCUCUCCCAAACAAUCCUCUCCAGAAAGACUUUCUUGCAAACCAAAACACAUACACAGACGAAUCGCUUCUACAUGA